AUGUACAAGAUUGCAGUUGAUGGCCCUGCAGCAAGCGGAAAAAGCAGCACAUCUAGUGUGGUUGCAAGCAAGCUUGGAUUUUCCCAUCUCAUAUCUGGGAACCUCUACAGAGCAAUUACGCAUGGCCUUUUGAAGACAUUUGGAUGUAUUUGUCUUGAAGAUAACAAACAGAGGGACUAUAUUCAGAAUGUAAGCAUUGAGAUCAAAAACAAGAGAGUGCUUUUGAACCAAGAGGAUGUUUCUGACAGGCUUAGGGAAGAGCAAAUUGACACAAAUGUGAAUACGGUUGCAAAAGAGGAGUGUGUUAGAAAUAAGGUCAUUGUGAUUCAGCGAUCAAUCAUAGAUGCCGAGAAGGACGGAAUAGUGAUUGAUGGACGAGACACCGCCAGCAAGAUUAUGCCGGAUGCAGACCUGAAGGUGUAUCUUACUGCUAGUCUAGAAACGAGGGCAACGAGAAGACUUAGGGAAUCAUCUGGAGAGUCAUACGAAGAACUACUGGAAGCAUUAAAAAAAAGAGAUCAUGAGGACAAAACUAGGAAGCAUAGCCCGCUCAUAAUAGUAAAAGACUCUGUAGUAAUAGAAAACGACAACAUGACAUUAGAAGAGACGGCAGAUGAGAUAAUAAGGCAUUUUAGAAAAGCCAGAUCAUUUAAUUAA